UCACUUCGUCCUCACAGGUUGCUGAGAGUUAGAUGGUGUAAGACAUUAGCUGGAAACCAGCAGGAUUUUUGGUUUCUUUCACCGUUUGAGCGAACGUAUAUUUAUUCCGGUGACUCUGCAGCGCAGAUAAAAUGUCGUCGUGGACGAAGUCGUCCUCAGGAGGCCGGCGCUCAAACUCGAACCCAAAUGGAAGUUCUAAACAACGGCGUGCCUUUCGGAGAUCAGCACCGUAUUCAUCCAGAGAGGAGAGGACCGACGACCACAAGGAUGCACUGGACAGUUAUGAAGAACUAGAGCAAAUGCAAAACUACAGUGGAGGUGUGACCUUCGAGGGUUACACGCAUCAGCCAAAUGCUGUGGUUAAACCUCCAACCAAAUCAGAGGGCACUCCAGCAGACAGACGCAAAACCCUGUAUCAGAAGUUCUACAAACAGGUGCAGGAGGAGAGGAAGCCGGCAGAUUGUGUGGUCCUGUCUGUCACCAACAAAAUCCUGGAUUACCCCAAAUCGCUAGGCCAGUGCUUGCAGGAGCGUGGCCUGUCAGUGGAAAUGCUCUACCUUCAGGCGGAGUCGGGCCUGACCCGUGCCCUACAGGAUGUCCGAUCCGACGGCUCCCCCUUAUGUAUUCUGGUGGAGCAGACAAACAUAGCUCUGUCCUCCUGCACUGUUAUCAUAUUCUCAGAAUCCCUCAAAAGUAAGUCCCCUCAUUCUUUCAAAGCAGCCACACCACCUCAGUUAAAAUGCCACCCCUCCCUUUAAAGUCCAAAGGAGUGUAUGUUUUACGCAGACAAUUUUAACCCCAAAAUAUGAAGCAGAUCCUGUGGAAAAACCUCAUAAAAACAACAAAUAGACCUCUUAAACCACUCACAUGUACAACUGUAAUCCAACGCUCAACAUUAAUAUGGUCUUCACGACAAAAACUAUCAAACAUUCCUUCAACUUUUAACCAAAUCUUGGUAGAUCUUCCACUGGUGUCGUCCUACUUUACAUAAAACUGCAUGUAUACAUGUUUCCUCAACAAAAUGAAAUCAAUUAAACCUACAUAACAUCAAUUUACUGUUUACAUCGAUUAUGCUCUCAUGGCAAACUUGCUAACAGCAAAUUUGCUCAAAACAAUAAACUGUCAU